AUGAUUAAAAUUACACAUUCAUUUUGUGUUAAUUUAUUAAAUAAUAGCAAACAACUCCCAAAAAAUAUCUAUAUUAAUAAAACUAUUUCGACAAAUAAAAAUGAAAUAAUUAUAAAAUCAUUUUAUUCAACAGCAAAAUCAAAUAAAUUAAAAACAGAAAUUAAUAACAAUAAAAUAAUUAAUGAUGAUUUUGUUUCUCCACAAUCUAAAGAUAAAAUUCAAGAAUUAUUAAAAUUAUUCCCACCAAUCAAAUAUGGAUUUGCCUAUGGUUCAGGUGUAGUUAUACAAAAGGGAUAUAAUGAAAGUAAUAUCACAACCCCAAAAGAUAUAAACAAUAAUAACAAUAACAGUAACAACAAUAACCACAACGACGACAAUAAUAACAAUAAAAAUAAUAAUGAUGAUGAUAUUAAUAAUAAAAAUGAUACAAUGAUUGAUUUAAUUUUUGCAGUAGAAAAUUCAUCAAAUUGGCACCAACUUAAUCUUAUAAAAAAUGAUUCACACUAUUCAUUUUUAAAAGUUUUUGGUGGUUGGGCAAUUUCAAAAUAUCAAAAGUAUGGCGCCAAAAUAUAUUAUAAUACUUUAUUGGAGCAUAAUGGAAUUAAAUUCAAGUAUGGUGUUAUUGAAUAUAGAGAUUUAGUUGACGAUUUAAAAAAUUGGAGAUCACUAUAUGUUUCAGGAAGAAUGCAGAAACCUAUAUAUAAUUUACCACAAUCAAGUGAAGAAGGAUUAAAUGAGAUUACAAAGAUUAACGAAGAAUCAAAUCUAAGAAAUGCAGUUAUAGCAUCAAUUUUACAAUUACCAGAAACAUUUCAGAAUAUGAAUUAUAUCAUAGAAUUUGUUCAAUUUCUUACAGAGGCGAUAUUAGAUGAAUCAAUAAACAAUGACCCUUCCAAAUUACUCCAAUUCAAAUCAUCCAUCACUCCACACAACCAAAUAAACUUAAUUAUGAUGUUACCAAAGAAAGUCAGCUCGCAACUAUUAAAAACCAUUCGUAAAAAUAUAAUACAAAAGAAAACAAAUGAGACUGUUCAAACUGACGUCCAUUUGGAUAAAUCAUUAAAGAAAAUCGUUAGAUACAGCAGUUUUAUUCAAACUUUAAGAGGUGUUCUCACUGCAGGCAUUUUAAAAUCAUUAAACUAUACCAGAUUAAAAUUAAUUUCAUCAAAAAAGAAAUAA